CUCUCGGUUCAUUCCCAAGCAAAACUGCAAAGUAAAAAGAUUCGACAAGCUAAGCCACCCCCAUAAUGGACAUGGAGCUAAGUCCAGCAACGCUCCUCUUCGUCUUCCUCCUUUCCCUGCCAAUUCUUGUGACCUUGCUGCGCCGCAAAUCAACUCCGACCUCCAACAAGAGGCGGCCUCCAGGCCCGUGGAACUUCCCCUUGAUUGGAAGCCUCUACCACUUCAUCAAGUCGCAUCCGCCGGUCGUCCUCCGGGAGCUGGCCAAGAAGUAUGGCCCUGUGAUGUUCCUCCGGAUGGGCCAGAUCGACACUGUCGUGAUAUCCUCGCCGGCGGCGGCGCAGGAGGUUCUCCGCGAGAAGGAUGUCAUCUUCGCUUCGAGGCCGAGCAUCGUGGCUUCGGAGGUCUUCACCUACGGAAACCUCGAUGUCGGCUUCUCGCCAUAUGGCGCCUAUUGGCGGACGCUGCGCAAGCUCUGCACGGUGGAGCUCCUCAGCGCAAAGAUGGUGCGGCAGUUCGCACCCAUCAGGGAUAACGAGACGUUGUCCCUCAUCAGAAAUAUCCAAGCUGCUGGCCGAGGUGGUGAGCCGGUGACCAAUCUCGCGAGUCUGCUGCUAGCCUGCUCGAACUCGAUCACGGCAAAGGCGGCCUUCGGCCAGGUUUGCAGCAAGGAGCUCCGGGACAAGUUCUUGAGGUCAAUUGCUGUCGCAAUGAGCUUCAGCGGAGGCUUCACCGUCGGGGAUGUCUUUCCAUCCCUGCGCUUCAUUGAUGUCGUCACUGGGCUGAGGCGAAGCAUGUGGCGAGCACGCCAUCAGCUGGACGACGUCUUUGACAAGAUCAUUGCUGGAUGUGAGGCGCAGCGAGGUGAUGACCUGUUGAGCGUCCUCCUCCGGAUCAGGGACAAGGGGGAGCUGGAAUUCCCCAUCGGCACAACAAACGUCAAGGCAAUUUUAUUGGAUAUGUUCAUUGGAGGGACGGAGACGACGUCGUCAGCUGCAGAGUGGAUCAUGACAGAACUCAUGAGAAACCCAGAUGUGAUGGCCAAGGCACAGGCCGAGGUGCGACGAGUAUUCGAUAAAGUGAGCCCACAAGACCAUGAAGCCAAGAUGGACGAGCUGCACUACAUUAAAAUGGUGAUCAAGGAGAGCAUGAGGCUGAACCCAGUGGUGCCAUUGCUGGUUCCCCAUUUCUGUCAGGAGACUUGCGAGGUAGGUGGGUUCCAAGUCACGAAGGGCACUAGGGUCAUGGUCAACGCGUGGGCUAUGGCAAGGAGCCCUGAGUAUUGGCAUGACGCAGAGAAGUUUAGGCCGGAGAGGUUUGAGGAUGGCAUGCUUGACUUCAAAGGCUCUCGCUUUGAGUACUUGCCAUUUGGGGCAGGGAGGAGAAGGUGCCCUGGUGAUACUUUCGGGUUGGCUGUGUUAGAGCUCAUUGUUGCACGCCUUCUCUACUACAUCGACUGGAGCCUCCCAGCAGGAAUGCAGCCCGAUGACAUUGACAUGGAAAUGAUCGUUGCUGCAACAACUAGGAGAAAGAAUCCGCUGCAAAUGGUGGUAUCACCAUAUAAGGUGGUUCCCAUGAAAUCCUGAUUCAUGGGAUAAUUAGUAUAUGCAUGCUGGCCAACAUCUACAGUUGUGCCUCCGGACCUCAUAAGGUCCCUAUCUUGUUUUUUUUUAUUAAGGUCCCUAUCUUGUUUGUCUACUGGGAAUGUACGAAUAAAUAUAAAAAAACUAUGUACUGUGGCCAAUGGCCUGAGUACUACGUUGAAGGUACAAGCUAGUAGUACGUUAUAGGAAGUCAGCAUAAUAUCGCACGUCGAUCAUAUUGUACUAAAAAUUUCUCCAAAGAUGAUUAUGCAUAUGUUAUGAAGGUAAGUUCCAA